AUGGACGCCUAGAUGCCUCACCGCAAGGAGCGGCCGAGCGGGUCCUCGCUUCACACGCACAGCACUGCGGAGGGAGGAAGCAUGUCCCGGUUGUCUCUUACCCGGUCGCCUGUGUCACCCCUGGCUGCCCAGGGAAUUCCAUUGCCCGCCCAGCUCACCAAGUCCAACGCACCUGUGCACAUUGAUGUGGGUGGCCACAUGUACACCAGCAGCCUGGCCACGCUUACCAAGUACCCCGACUCCAGAAUAAGCCGCCUUUUCAAUGGCACCGAACCCAUCGUCCUGGACAGUUUGAAGCAACAUUACUUCAUUGACCGGGAUGGGGAGAUCUUCCGCUAUGUCCUGAGCUUCCUGCGGACGUCAAAACUCCUGCUCCCAGAUGACUUCAAGGACUUUAGCCUGCUGUACGAAGAGGCGCGAUACUACCAGCUGCAGCCCAUGGUGCGCGAGCUAGAGCGUUGGCAGCAGGAGCAGGAGCAGAGACGGCGCAGCCGAGCCUGCGACUGCCUGGUGGUGCGGGUGACGCCGGACCUGGGCGAGCGCAUCGCGCUCAGCGGGGAGAAGGCCCUCAUCGAGGAGGUCUUCCCGGAAACUGGGGACGUCAUGUGCAACUCCGUCAAUGCGGGCUGGAACCAGGACCCCACGCACGUCAUUCGCUUCCCGCUCAAUGGCUACUGCAGGCUCAACUCAGUGCAGGUCCUGGAGAGGCUGUUCCAGAAGGGGUUCAGCAUGGCCGCGUCCUGUGGGGGUGGCGUGGACUCCUCCCAGUUCAGCGAGUAUGUCCUUUGCCGGGAGGAGCGGCGGCUGCAGCCCACCCCCACAGCCAUCCGGAUAAAGCAGGAGCCCUUGGACUAG